UAACAAUGUAUGAUUUCUUUGCAAGAACCCUUCAAAUAUCUGGUUUCAUAUUGUGUUGGUUAAAAUGGGCCAUCUAGUCCAUAAAUCACAUUACCGGGCACAAUGCAUUGGAGUGGGCUGCAGUGCAUCGUGAGAACCAGUGGCGGGUAGUUUACCCUUCUUCACCAGAACUCAUAGGGCCGUUUGCCACUGGCCUCUUGAGGCUGCAGAAUUAGCCCAUAUAUCAAAUACACAUAGUUGUGAAUUGGUAUCAAUAUGGGCACAUAUCCCAAUAUAUAUACUCAGUAAUUUUUGCUGAAUAAAUAAAACAAUUACAGGCUUAUGGAGCUGGAAAAGGUUCCCUGGUCCAGUUUCAGCAAUUUAUAAAUACAAUAUAAUCUUAUCUUGAAAAUUUCUUGAUGUUAUCUGGCCUCUUCUGCAUUUCUAGGGCACAGGUUCCCUUUCUCAUCCCCUAGUCCAUUUCUCUGGUGGUCAGCAUAAAAUGUUAAUGAAAUACAAAGGAAUGUCAGUUCUCAGUUGAAGUUAUCUGUAGCAGAACAGUCAUUCAGUCCUAUCAGGUAAUUUUUAUAAAAGUAAGGUGAGGGCAGGAAGUACAUUUCUGCAUCAGAUUUUCUUGCUACUGUUCACUGUAUGUCACUCUAAAAUCGAAAUUCUCACCCUAAGAACAUUUCCAAAUGAAUUAGUGACAAUUCUUCAGACUAGACAAUGUCACGGAGUGAGAUUCACUUAUUCAGUUGGAAUAAAAUGUAGAUAAUUCAGAGAAUACAAAUUCAUAUUUGCGCACUUACUGUACUGGCGACUGUCAGCUGAAUGAUAUAUAUCAAACUUUCAUUUUCAUUUAGAAACUGUUGUUUCAAUAUGAGCUUCAGCUUUGCUGGCUAAAGCCAUUUCAGUGCCAAAGAUCUUGGAUAGGGUUCUGUGUCCAGUGGUGGUGGACUGAGUCGUUUGACUAAUCCACUGAGAACACAAGAGAACCUGGACAAAAAGUAGGAAAUAGAAGAAGGAUCAGAGUGAAGAGUUGGUGGUUGAGAUCCAAGAGAGGAAAGUCAGCCAGUUCUGGGGGGGGACUGUAGGGGUUCUCUGGUGUGCCUUCCACAUCAGAGUUGGGACCCCAGGAGGCUGCACACUAGGAGAAAUGGUUCAACAGAGACAGGCAACCCUCCCUGCAGGGACAGAGACCCAGCGGUGAAUCAUCUCAGCUUCUGGUUGGAUAAAGCUGUUGGGGGUCCGGGGAUCCUUAACCACCAGGGGAGAAGCAAGAGCCCGUUUUCUUUGGAGGAAGGUGGCAUCAUUAGAAUUUGGGGAUAGCUCCAUAGUUUCUCACAUUGAUGCCCAGAACCAAACAAAAUGACAUUUUCAGGGAAAUUCAGACAUUUAUCCCUUGUCUGGUUUCUUCAUUCUCGCUAUGAAUAAAGAGUACUAGUUUUCCCACUGAACUAUAAAAUUAAGCAAGUAAGGAAACCUUUGGUCGGUACCAUGGAUUGAGUACCUGCUAUGUACUGUGGACUAUACUGGGCACUGGGUAUGAAACGUGAACAAGACAGUGUUGCUGCCUUCCAGAACCUUCCCUGCCUCCAAAACUUUCCCCGGAUUUCCUCCCUCCAGAACCUCCCCUCCCUCCAGAACCUCCCCUCCCUCCAGAAUCUUCCCUGCCUCCUGGAACCUUCCCUGCCUCCAGAACAAUUUCUGUCUUCUGGAACCUUCCUGCCCUCCAGAACCUUCUUUGUCUUUCAGAAUUUUCUCUGCCUUCCAAAACCUUCCCAAACCUUUCAUGCCUUCCCAUAACAUCCCUGCCUUUAAGAACCUUCUUGCCUCCAAAAGACCACAUCAGGACCUUUUCCUGUUCAUUCCCAGUGCUUGUUCUACAGUAAAAAAAAAAAAAAAUGUAAAGUUAAUUUACUUAAUAACUCUAGAGAAUAUUCCGUGCCAUAUACACUGCUCUUGGGUUGGGAAGCUCUUAUCUGUAGAAGAUUUUGGCUGUUUGUUCGAGGAUGGCCUCUGCAGACCAUCUGAGACCUGCGUGAAUGAUGGAGUGUUUGGAAGGUGCCAGAAGGUUCCAGCAGUAGACACACACCGCUAUGAAGUGUCACCGGCGGUUCUGCAGCACCUGGCAGCCACCUUGCAGAAGCUCUCCCGAACAGGCUUCACAUGGCAGGAUGACUACACCCAGCACGUGAUGGCCCAGGAACUCUUGAACCUUCCCUCCCCGCAACAUCUGGACGCCUCCAGCACAGCCAGAACCUCGAAGCAGAGUGUGGAUGAGGACAGGAGGUCCAGUCUGGAGGACGACGGUGGUCUGGCCAGGGCUGUCCAGCGCUACCUGCCAUAUCUGGAGGCCCUGUCCCGGGCUGUUGCCCCAGACGUGCGCCUCCGCACAAAGCACAACAGGCCGUCAGCCCAGGGUGAGGACCCCCUUGCUGACAGCGUGCUGACCUUCAUGGCGCAAACGUCUGCUCUGACCUAUGCUCCUGGCCCUGGGGCAGACUACCCUGGGGGCCGCCCACUGCGGACCCCUGGCAGGCUGCAGCCUGACGAGCUCAGCCCCAAGGUGGAUGGCAACGUCAAUAGGCAGAAACUGAUCGCUGCGCUGGGCGCAUAUGCGGCUCGGAAGCCCCCGGCGCCCCACGGGGAAGGUGACCCGUGGCCACGAAACCCACUGCAUGCACCGUGGAAAACACCAAGGGUCCUUUCGGCGCCGGUGGAACCCCGGAAGUGGCCUUCGCCUCCAGGAGACCCCAAACUGCCCCAGGCCAUGAGCGAUGAAACACUUCUCCAGAGUCUCCUGAAGGACCUGGGAGAGCAGCCGGACCUCGGCGAGGUGGCCCGCGCGAUUGCCUCCGCCAUGCAAGCUGUGGGGGCAGAAGGGGAGCCGCGAGGUGCCGAGAAAGGAGCCACGGGAAAGCCGAGAGAGUCCGACGUUGGCCGGCAGGGUGGAGGCGUGCCAGAUGACAGAGUGCCGGACGGUGGAGGGAGAGCUUACGAAGAGGUCAGUCGUUUGAGCCUCGAACUCGGGGACCGCCUGCCGGACCCUGGGUCCCAACUCUCUCCUGCCGUACCCCCUCUUUCGGAGCCCUUCAAAAUGGAGGCAAAGAAAUCAGAGGCCGCCGAGGCCCCCCCGACUUGGGAGGAGGAGAGCGCCGGGGUGGAGGACGUGAGGAGUCAGACCUACUCCAAGGAGCGGCUGCAGAGGCCGCCUCCCGCAGAGCCCGGCACGGGCGGCUUCGGCGAGUUCCGGCCCUGGGUUCCCCGGCCCUCGCAGGAAGACGCCCACCUCACGGCGGGAGCCCAGGGACGCCCCACGGAAGGCCUGCGGCUGGAGGUCAAGCCUUCCCAGGAGGACCACGGCUACAUUGUGACCGGGACCGACCCCCUGAGCCCAGAAAAGGGGAAGGAGCUGAUGGAGGGCGUGGCGCAACUCCUGGAGGUGCCGAUGAGUGUCUUCGCAGACGUCGUUGUUGUGGGCCCAGCGGUGACCUUCAGACUGAGCGCCAGUGUCCAGAACCUGACGACGGGAGAUGUCGCGCAGGCCGCAGUUGACAACAAGGACAAACUGGAAAAAGCAUCUGGACUGGAGAUUCUUCAGGCGGGAAGCGGGUCGAAAAGCAAACUAAAGCUCCCUCCACGCCGCGCAAAGCAAGGGGACUCGACCCCGUUCAUUGUGCUCACGCUGGUCUCCGUCGUGGCCAUGGUGGGGGUCCUCCUGGCCUCCGGUGCCAUCUACUGCCUCCGCCACACCUCCCGCGCCAGGCUGCAGGACAAGCUGUCGGGACCAGGGGACCACCCGGGCCCGGACGCCACAGCCGCCUACCAGGAGCUGUGCCGGCAGCGCAUGGCCACGCGCACGUCGGAGCGCCCGGAGGGCCCGCACACGACCCGCAUCAACAGCGUCUCGUCCCAGUUCAGCGACGGGCCCAUGCCCAGCCCUUCCGCCCGGAGCAGCACGUCAUCCUGGUCGGAGGAGCCCGUGCAGCCCCACAUGGACAUCUCCACCGGCCACAUGGUCCUGGCCUACAUGGAGGACCACCUGAAGAACAAGAACCGCCUGGAGAAGGAGUGGGAGGCGCUGUGUGCCUACCAGGCGGAGCCCAACAGCUCGCUCGUGGCCCAGAGGGCGGAGAACGCACACAAGAACCGCUCUCCGGCAGUGCUGACCUACGAUCACUCCAGGGUCCUGCUGAGAUCGGAGAACAGCCACAGCAGGUCGGACUACAUCAACGCCAGCCCCAUCAUGGACCAUGACCCCAGGAACCCUGCCUACAUCGCCACCCAGGGACCCCUGCCCGCCACCGUGGCCGACUUCUGGCAGAUGGUGUGGGAGAGCGGCUGCGUGGUCAUCGUCAUGCUGACCUCCCUCUCGGAGAACGGCAUCUGCCAAUGCUGCCACUAUUGGCCAGAUGAAGGCUCCAGCCUCUACCACGUCUACGAGGUGAACCUGGUCUCCGAGCACAUCUGGUGUGAGGACUUCCUCGUGAGAAGCUUCUACCUGAAGAAUCUUCAGACCAACGAGACGCGCACCGUGACCCAGUUCCACUUCCUGAGCUGGUGCGACCGCGGGGUGCCCUCCUCCGCGAGGUCCCUCCUGGAUUUCCGCAGAAAAGUAAACAAGUGCUACAGGGGCCGUUCUUGUCCAAUAAUUGUUCACUGCAGGCAAGUACAAGUUCUCACGUGGAUUACGCGCGCUCGCCACCUCAGAAGGCAGCCACAGCGAGGGGUGCAAGCGGAACUCUCUAUCUGCGUGAUAAGUACAUCUAACUGGCGCUUCUGAAGGGAA